AUGAUUCUACUUGAGUUAAAAAGAAUCGUCUUUCUCAUUUCCUUUGGAUUUAUCUUUCCGUCGUGUGUUUGUGGAAGCGCUUCCUGUGGAAAGGCGAUAUCCGACGGCAUCUAUGACUUCGAAGAACCAGACAAACUCACCAAUACUGGGAAGAGACUUGAUGCCGACGCGGACAACGGGUUCUUCAAGGAAAAUGGACAGUAUGUUAACCCCGUGGGAAAUUCCAGUACGGCGGCAGCGGGCAUGGUCCUUGACGCCUUCGAAUGUCUGAUGGAUGAAGCGCUUCCUAAAUCCUUUCCGUGGCACGUGGCAAUUUAUAGUAUCAAGACAAGGCCGCAUAUUAAUGAACAUGGAAUUGAUUGGAAUAAGCAUAAAUGCAUCUUUAUGGGUUUCGAGGCAAAAGAAAACCAAUUUAAGAAACAGUUAAUCAUGUGCUCCGGUGUACUGAUCCAUCCGAAAUGGAUUCUUACGAGCGGGUCGUGCCUUAUGCGCAAGAUUGUGAUCCUUGGAGGCGUGACGGACAUUCAAAGACUCAAGCACAAGCUGAACACUGGAGAAGCGCAGCGCAGAUUCCCGCUCUGGAGUGGUCGCCAUAGCCGGAAAGAGGACAAAGGUGCUUAUCGCCCGCCACAGCACGAAGAAAGGGCCAAGUUCAAGCACAACAUUGCAUUGAUAAGGGAUGAAAAGACGUCAGAUACUACAAUCGAGCUGGACGAACCUUUUGAAGAAAACGAAUAUGUCAAGCCAAUCUGCUUACCAGAGCGUUCUUUCGAUCUUGACGUUGGGACCACCUGCGUUGUGACAGGAUACAAGAGCAAGCCCACCAUCACCACCAUCUUCUCGAGUCUGAUGCAUCAAAUCUCUUCCGUCAGGCCCCUGGAUGUCUGCAAUGGCUACACCUACGAAAACGGGCCCACGAAAAUGCAGAGCGAUCGGCGAGCAAUUGACGGAACAAUGUGUGUUUCUGCUGGAUGCGUUUGCAUGCGAAACGGAAUGCCUUUCGUCUGCACGGUUGAAAACACCGACGGUUCGGUUCAAUACGUCUUGUCAGGAAUAAAAAUAAGCGACGGAAAGAAUACGAAGCGACAGACAAAUCUAAGACGACUGAAAGACUCUGCGUGCGGCCGAUGGCCAAGACUCUUUGUCCCUGUUGCUCCGUAUGUCGACUGGAUUCACUCGGUAAUUGACGGAACGUUUCGCUACUCGCCAAAAAGUGAUGCCUCAAGCGAUCUUGACGAGCAAGAGCAAAGAGAAUUUUUCAACUCGGACAGCUACGACCAGGUGGACGACUAUGACAUAAACAACAGUCCGAUCGAAGAAAUGGACGACAAACAGCGUAAUCCGCAACGUUCAGAAACGCUACGACACCAAGAGGUUUUGCUUCCGCAAUCGACCGGAAUCUACAGUCACCAUUCGGCACUCACUGAGGAAGACAGGCAGCUGCUUGAGCUAGUAAAGAAAAUGAACCAGGAGAAAGUAGUCUCGAAGGGAUGCUUGGACGACAACGACCCGAUCGGGUUCAAUUAUCGUGGAGGAGCCAAUUUCAUCAAUGCAGGAAUUCCUUGCAUGGACUGGUCUGAAACACGCUUCAAGAAAGAAAAACACCCAAACAAGGGUUUAGACGCCAACUAUUGUCGAAAUCCAGACCGUGAUCCCAAAGGACCUUGGUGCGUUUACUGGGCGCCGGUCGAGCUCAAGAAGAAAUUCGGCUACUGCGAUAUUCCCAAGUGCAGUUAA